AUGAAGCUCAAUUUGGCCGAUUUUGCUGCUGAAUUGACUGCCGGACGCGGGAGAUUACAGGAGCUUUCUCCAGGCGCACGUGCAGCCAUUUGCACACUUGUUGCGGCCGGGCAGAGCGAACGCGCCGUUUCUCGCCUCUUUCGCGUAUCCCGCGAUACCGUCGCCCGCUGUGUUGAGCACUGGAAAACUCACCGAACGUUUGAUUCGCGACCCCGGAAGGGCCGGCCGCCGGUUCUAACUCGAAGGGAGAAACGGUAUAUCGUUUUACUUGUCAAAAAAAACCGAACCAUUGCGAAAAAAGCGCUUGUUAACGCAACUGGCAAGGUUGUCUCCUAUUCUACCAUCCGCCGCUGCCUCCGGUCACACCACAUCCGCAAAUGGAGAGCUAUGAAGAGGAUUCCUUUGACCAAAGAAGUGGCAAAGGAUAGGUACAAUUUUGCAUGCGAUUGGCUUGAGAAUAUCGACGAGUUCCUUCAGAAGUUCGAUAAGCGUUUCGUCAACCUCCAGAACCAUGUGAAAGCGAACAUCUCGAUCAUGCUUUGGGGAAUGGUCUGGAAAGGGGGGAGAAGUGACCUCAUCGUGAUGGAGCGCGACGAAGAUGCCCCGAGGCGAGGAUACACUGCGAGAUCUUACCAGAAGGCGCUCCAAGAAGGUCUCCUACCUCAUUACAACGAUACCCGGCAUUUCCAGCAAGAUAACGCAAAGAUUCACGUCUGCAAGGCAACGGAGGAGUGGCUCCAGACGCGGGGGAUUUCGUGGAUCGAAUGGCCUGCACACAGUCCGGAUCUGAAUCCGAUUGAGCACGUUUGGGCAGCUCUGAAGAAAAACCUACGAACGUUAUUCCCAGAGCUAUGGUGCCUGAAGCAGAACUGCGUAGAUAUAGCAAAGUUCAAAGAGUGCUUGCAUACGGCGUGGGAGGCUAUCCCACAGUCGUUCAUCGACAAGCUGAUCGAGGGAAUGCCACGCCGGCUAGCCGCUGUUAAAAAAGCGAGGGGGUGGUAUACAAAAUAUUAA